GUGCUGCUGUGUAACCCCGUGUGUGUUCUGGGCUACACCGUGGCCAGUUGGCGGUUUUUCCGGGAGCGGAUCGAGGAGGAGGAGCUGUCUCUGGUCCACUUCUUCGCCGAGGACUACGUGGAGUACAAGAGGAGGGUCCCCACCGGCCUGCCCUUCAUCUCCGGGAUCCGGAACCGGUUUUAG